AUGUUAGAGCAGUUGCUGAUAUUCACGCGCGGAGGGCUCAUCCUCUGGACCUGCAACCACCUCAGCAACGCCCUGAGGGGAUCUCCGAUCGACACGUUGAUCCGAUCCUGCCUCCUGGAGGAGCGAUCCGGUGCGGCCUCCUUCAACUACGACGCACCUGGAGCCGCAUACUCUCUCAAAUGGACCUUCCACAACGACCUAGGCCUCGUCUUUGUCGCCGUCUAUCAACGCGUCCUCCACCUCUUGUACGUCGACGAUUUGCUCGCCGCCGUCAAGCGCGAGUUCUCGCGCCUCUACCACCCCCAAAAAACCGCCUACCGAGAUUUUGACGAGAUCUUUCAGCAGCUCCAGAUCGAGGCCGAGUCUCGCUCCGAGAAUUUCAAAAAACCCAACCCUGUCCCCGCGCUGGCUCCCAAUAGGAAACAAAACGGCACGUGGCAGGGGCAGGGGUUAGGGCAAAACGCCGGAUCAGAAAAAAAAAGUGAUGGAGAUGGGAAGAAAGGGCGUAAAUUGGAGAAUGAUAAUUUUUCUGUAGCUAAUUCUAAUUCUAAUGCUAAUGUUAACCAUAGUGGUGGUAAGAGUAGUGUGAAUAAUAAUAUUGGGAAAGAGAAUGAGAGUUCCAAUGUUGGGGCUUUUGAUGUAAAUAGGCUUCAGAAGCUUAAAGGAAAAAAAGGGAAUGGGAAUGGGAAGAAGAAAGAUGCUCUUGUUGUUGCUGCUGCCAAGGGAGAGCCCAAAAAGGUGGAUAAGCCAAACAGGGUUUGGGAUCAACCGGCGCCGCAAACCAAACUGGACUUUACUGAUCACGUGGAUGGAGAUGGGGAUAGAAGCGCUGACUUUUUGGCUAAGGAGCAAGGAGAGAGUAUGAUGGAUAAAGAAGAGAUUCUUAGCAGUGAUAGUGAGGUUGAAGAUGAUGAUGAUGAUACUGGAAAGGAUAACAUGCCUGUGGCUAAAAAGAAGGGUUGGUUUUCCUCGAUGUUCCAGAGUAUUGCAGGAAAGGCUAAUUUGGAGAAGUCAGACCUGGAACCAGCUUUGAAAGCUCUGAAGGACAGGCUCAUGACCAAGAAUGUGGCCGAGGAAAUAGCUGAGAAACUAUGUGAGUCAGUGGCAGCAAGUCUUGAAGGCAAAAAGCUAGCUUCGUUUACAAGGAUAUCUUCAACAGUGCAUACAGCAAUGGAAGAAGCACUUGUUCGUAUUUUAACCCCUAGGCGUUCCAUUGACAUAUUGAGGGAUGUUCAUGCUGCCAAGGAGCAAAGGAAGCCAUAUGUUGUUGUGUUUGUUGGAGUUAAUGGAGUUGGAAAAUCUACUAAUCUAGCUAAGGUUGCUUACUGGCUUCUGCAACACAACGUCAGUGUCAUGAUGGCUGCUUGUGAUACAUUUCGAUCUGGAGCUGUUGAGCAGCUGCGGACCCAUGCACGCAGACUUCAGAUUCCUAUAUUUGAGAAGGGUUAUGAAAAAGAUCCUGCCAUUGUAGCAAAAGAAGCAAUUCAGGAAGCUGUGCGCAAUGGUUCAGAUGUGGUUCUAGUUGAUACAGCUGGCCGUAUGCAGGAUAAUGAACCAUUGAUGAGAGCACUGUCAAAGCUCGUCUACCUCAACAAUCCUGACCUUAUCUUAUUUGUUGGAGAAGCACUGGUUGGUAAUGAUGCAGUUGAUCAGCUUUCGAAAUUCAACCAGAAAUUAGCCGACCUCUCAACAUCUCCCACACCCAGAUUGAUCGAUGGGAUCUUGCUCACGAAGUUUGACACUAUCGAUGAUAAGGUGGGAGCUGCACUCUCAAUGGUUUACGUAUCUGGAGCUCCAGUAAUGUUUGUGGGCUGCGGACAGUCCUAUACUGACCUCAAGAAACUCAACGUCAAGUCAAUUGCGAAGACUCUCCUUAAAUGAGGGAACAACAUAAACCUGUCAUGAAUGUUUCUGUUUGAUGAGUAACUUGAUUAUCCCCGUAGAUCCCCAUUACAUCGUAAGACAACAUUGACGCAAUUUGGUUUGUUUAAUUUAUAUUGGUAAGCUUCUUUCCUCUGUUCACCAUGAGAAUAACGCGUAAGGUGUAACUCUUAUCAUGUGUAGUACAUUUAAUUUUCCUCACCUUACUAAGUGAAUAAUCCAUGCGAAUCGUUCAAAUAUUUAUUGCGACAAAUGCAUCGAUAUCUUUAAAUUA